CCUUCCAUUGAGCAGCGAGUUAACUACCCAUCGAGAGUGGCAUAGCACUGCGUUUGCAGAGCAAGAAAGCAUGGAGAAGCUCUCCAUGGCGGCAGCCCUGUUCUGCGCCUUGGUCCUUGCGGCUCUGGCAGCGGCGGCCGGCGGCGAGGCGGCCGUCGUGGAACACACCUUUGUGGUGCACGAGAUGAACCAGACGCACCUGUGCAACACGACCAAGAUUUACGUGGUGAACGGGCAGCUCCCUGGCCCGACCAUCGACGUGACCGACGGCGACACGGUUGUGGUCCACGUCGUCAACCGUCUCCCUCAUGGUCUCACCAUCCACUGGCACGGCGUCCGGCAAAUCAUGAGCUGCUGGUCCGAUGGCGCCGGCUUCGUCACCGAAUGCCCCAUCCCUCCCGGCGGCGAGCACGUCUACCGCUUCAACGUCACCGGCCAGGUCGGCACGCUGUGGUGGCACGCCCACGUCACCUGCCUCCGCGCCACCGUUGCCGGCGCCUUCAUCAUCCGCCCCAAGGCCGGCAAGUACCCGUUCCCGACGCCCGCCAAGGACGUGCCCAUCAUCAUCGGCGAGUGGUGGGAGCUCGACCUCGUCGAGCUCGACCGGAGGAUGCAUGACGGCAACUUCGACGACAACCCGCUGUCGGCCACCAUCAACGGUAAGCUCGGCGACCUCAGCAACUGCUCCGGCAAGCCGGAGGAGAGCUUCGUCCUGGACGUGGUGCGCGGGGAGACAUACCUGCUGCGGAUCGUCAACACGGCGCUCUUCUCCGAGUACUACUUCAAGGUCGCAGGCCACACGUUCACGGUGGUGGGCGCCGACGGCUACUACCUGACGCCGUACAAGACGGACAUGGUGUCCGUCGCCCCAGGGGAGGCCAUCGACGUGCUCAUGGCAGCUGACGCCCCGCCGGCGCACUACCACAUGGUGGCGCUCGCAAACCAGCCGCCGGAGCCCGACCCGCAGAUCCCGGGGUUCGUGUCCCGCGGCCUCGUCCGCUACGCCGGAUCCUCCCGGAACAAGACCAACAACGGGCUGCCGGUGCCGACGCCGCUCAUGCCCAGCCAGCAUAACACCAUGCCGUCCUACUACUUCCACAGCAACCUCACCGGCCUCGCCCACCCGGACCGCCACCGCGUCCCCAUGCACGUCGACGAGCGCCUCUUCUUCGCGCUCGGCCUCGGCUCCAUCUGCCGCGGCACCAACAAGACGUGCGAGCGUGGGCGGAGCCCCGAGACCAUCGUGGUGGCCACCAUGAACAACGUCUCCUUCCGCCACCCCACCAACGCGUCGCUCCUCGAGAGGUACUACGACGGCCGGACAAGUGGGCUCUACACGGAGGACCUCCCCGACCAUCCGCCGCACCCGUACAACUACACCGACCGCGCGCUCAUCCCGCCGGGGCCGAUGGAGAAGGCGCUGGAGCCGACGUUCAAGGCCACCAAGCUAAGGAGGUUCAGGUACAACACCUCGGUGGAGAUCAUCUUCCAGAGCACGGCGCUGCUGCAGAGCGACUCCAACCCCAUGCACCUCCAUGGCUACGACUUCUUCGUCCUCGCCACGGGGCUCGGCAACUACAACCCAAAGACGGACCCAGACAAGUUCAACUACCACAACCCGCAGCUGAGGAACACGGUGCAGGUGCCUAGGACUGGAUGGGCCGCUGUGCGCUUCGUCACCGACAACCCCGGGAUGUGGUACCUACACUGCCACUUUGAGUUCCACAUCAUCAUGGGCAUGGCAACGGCGUUCAUCGUGGAGAACGGCCCGACGCCCGAGACCAGCCUGCCUCCGCCGCCGCCAGAGUUCAAGAGGUGUGGCUCCAAUGGCCUCACUAAGCCAUAGAGCUAUAUAAUCAACCUGGGUAAGUACGUGCCUGCGGAAGUUGGGACCUGGAUUUAUUUGUUAUUAGGGCAAAAUAAGAACAAAUGAAGAUGCACGCAAGGAUUUGCAUGGAUACUUCAUUGUUCAUUGUAUAGAGGAUGAUUCUUACUGUAAAAGUUGAUAUUAUUUUUAAAUUUUAUUUUCCUAUUGUAAUGUGUGAAUUGUAAGUUGGUCCGUAAGAUUCAAUAUUAAAUGGAAU